AUGCCUCAGAAAUCGAAAUCUAAGCCUCAACGCGCUGAAGAUUCUGCGUCCAAUGGUAGCGAAAAGCACCCAGAAGGACGAGAGGAUCUCGCUGUCGGCGACCCUCCCCUCAUCGAUCCCUACGCUGUUCUGGACGUCUCCGAGACUGCCACCCCCGAUGAAAUCAAAUCUUCUUAUCGCAAACUCGCUCUCAAACACCACCCAGACAAAGCUUCCCCUGAGAAUCGCGAAAGUGCACAUAAAGCAUUUCAGGAAAUCGCAUUUGCUUAUGCCAUCCUUAGCGACGAGCGCCGACGCAAACGCUACGACGCUACAGGCAACACCGCGGAGAGUGCAACCAUUGACGAUGAUGAUUUCAACUGGGUGGAUUUCUUUCGCGAACAGGCUGAGAACAUGGUGACAGAAGAGAUGAUUGAACAGGUAAAGAAGGAAUACCAGGGCAGUGGAGAGGAGAGAGAUGAUGUCUUAGCGGCAUAUACGCAGAGCGAGGGUGAUAUGGACGUGGUCUUCGAGAUGGUCAUGUGCAGUGAGGUUAUGGCAGAUGAGGACCGGUUCAGAAAGAUCAUUGAUGAGGCUAUUGCCCAGGGCGAGGUGGAGGCGUACAAUCGUUACACUAAGGAAGACAAGAAAAGUCGGCAGCGGAGGAAGGCAAAUGCAAAGCAAGAAGAAGCGGAGGCGAGAGAACUAGCCCAGGAGCUGGGGCUCGAAGAUAGAAUCUUCGGCAAGAAAGGCUCUAGCAAAAAAAAAUCGAAGGCAGGAGAAGGCGACAAUGACGCCCUCAAGGCCUUGAUUCAACAGCGUCAGCAAAACAGGGCACAGAAUUUCUUUGACGACCUGGAGGCAAAGUACGGUGGCGGCACGAAGAAGGGCAAGCGCAAGGCCACGGCAGAACCGCCAGAGGAGUUGUUUCAGAAAAAUGCAAAGAAAGGGAAGAAAGGCGUCAAGGCUUGA